UAGAAAAUGCAACACUAAAAACAUGAAGUGAAUUAGUAUUAAUUAGUACUAUAUUAAUAAACAUUCAGCUGCAUGAACAUGCACAACCCAAAAUGACGUUUCUUUUUUUGUGAGGCCUAGUCUUGUGUCUUGGUUGAAAUUAACAGCGAAAGGGACAGAGUUUAGCUCGCAGUAGCUGCAAUGCCUCCCACUCUCCGGUUCACUCCAUCUCCAUGAUUUCCGUGGGAAGCGCCGCGGAGCCUCUAUGGCAGACUUUCAGGAACUGAGGAAGCGUCAGAAACGACCCACCGAGAAGUAUUAACUUCUCAGUUUUCUCGCACUCGAAUCUGAUUCACACUACUCGCACUCGAAUUUGUCGAUUUAUCGCCUCGUCCAGCUUGUUAAACCCAGGAAACCGUGUGUUUUCUCGGGCUGUUGCGAUGGCCGGUGGCGGCGGGGUGUCGCCGCUGGGGCUAGCGCCUCCGUUAUGGUAUCACCGGGACCUGAGUCGAGCUGCUGCCGAGGAACUGCUGGCCCGAGCGGGACGAGACGGGAGUUUCCUGGUUCGGGACAGCGAAAGUGUUAACGGGGCGUACGCCUUGUGUGUACUGUUUCAGAAGCAUGUCCACACCUAUAGGGUUCUCCCAGAUGAAGAGGGAUUCUUGGCAGUCCAGACGUCUCAGGGGGUGCAGCCAAAGCGGUUUAAGAGCCUCCCAGAGCUGGUCCUGUUGUACCUCCAGCCCAGCCAGGGACUGGUCAGCACUCUACUGUACCCUGUAGACAGAGAUGAGAGCAUCCCAGAGGACAGGGACUACUCAGAUGGGGAAGAUGAGAAGCCGCCUCUUCCUCCUCGUUCCGCCUCCACCUCUACAACACCUACAGGCUCCGCCCCGGAGACACCAACCGACAGCACCCCUGCUGCUAACGGCCUGAGCACCAUUUCCCAUGAGUAUCUGAAGGGAAGCUACGCUCUGGACCUGCAGGCUGUCAAACAGGGAGCCAGCUCUCUGCCCCACCUCAACAAGACACUGGUGUCCUCCUGCAAACGCCUCAACGGGGAGGUGGAUAAGGUUCUGUCUGGACUGGAGAUCCUCUCCAAGGUGUUUGACCAACAGAGUGCCUUCAUGGUGUCCAAGAUGAUACAGCAGUCAGUGAAUCAGGGAGGAGAUCAGGAGUUGGAGAAUCUGGUCACUAAACUGGCUAUCCUCAAAGACCUACUGUCUUCUAUAGAGAAGAAGGCUCUGAAGGCCGUGCAGGAUUUGAGUGUGUCCACUCUCUCCUCUCUUCCUCCUCUCACACGCCACAGCAAAACCAUCCCCGUACAGGCUUUUGAGGUGAAGUUGGAUGUGUACCUGGCAGACCUGACUAAAAUAGGGAAGAGUCAGAAGCACAGUCUGUCUGUGGAUGUGGAGGGAGGGAUGCUUGUGGUAAUGAAGAAGAUGAAGGACAACCAGGAGGACUGGAACACCUUCACACACCACAAGAUCCGUCAGCUGAUCAAGUCUCAACGUGUUCAGAACAAGCUGGGCAUCGUGUUUGAGAAGGACAAGGAGAAGAGCCAGAGGAAAGACUUCAUCUUCGCCAGUGCUAAGAAGCGGGAGGCUUUUUGUCAGCUGCUGCAGCUGAUGAAGAACAAACAUUCCAACCAGGACGAACCAGACAUGAUCUCCAUCUUUAUAGGGACCUGGAACAUGGGUUCUGUGCCCUCCCCCAAGGCGGUGGGUUCCUGGCUGUUGUGUCGUGGGCUGGGUAAGACGCUGGAUGAGAUGACCGUAACUAUUCCUCAUGACCUCUACGUGUUCGGAACGCAGGAGAACUCUGUGUGUGACCGUGAGUGGGUCGACUCACUCCGCACUGCACUCAAAGAACACACAGAGCUGGAUUACAAACCGAUCGCGGUCCAGACUCUGUGGAACAUUAAGAUAGCGGUGCUGGUGAAACCAGAACAUGAAAACCGCAUCAGUCAUGUGGGAGUGUCCAGUGUUAAAACGGGUAUUGCUAAUACGCUGGGUAACAAAGGGGCAGUGGGCGUGUCUUUCAUGUUUAAUGGAACUUCCUUCGGCUUUGUGAACUGUCAUCUGACAUCAGGCAACGAAAAGAUUGGCAGGAGGAACCAGAACUACCUGGAUAUCCUGCGGCUGCUCUCUCUAGGAGAUAAACAGCUGAGCUCCUUUGACAUCUCUCUACGCUUCACACACCUCUUCUGGCUGGGAGACCUCAACUACAGGCUGGACAUGGACAUACAGGAGAUCCUGAACUACAUCAACAGGAAAGAGUUUGAUCCUCUGCUGAAGGUGGACCAGCUCAACCUGGAGAGAGAGAAGAACAAGGUGUUCCUGCGCUUCGCGGAGGAGGAGAUAUCCUACCCACCCACCUACCGUUAUGAACGCGGGUCUAGGGAUACAUACGUGUGGCAGAAACAGAAGGCCACAGGGAUGAGGACUAACGUCCCGUCUUGGUGUGACAGGAUCCUCUGGAAGUCUUACCCUGAGACUCACAUUGUCUGUAACUCCUAUGGCUGUACAGAUGACGUGGUGACCAGUGACCACUCCCCAGUGUUUGGUACGUUUGAGGUGGGGGUCACCUCGCAGUUCGUCUCCAAGAAAGGUCUGCCUAAGUCCUCGGAACAGGCCUAUAUAGAGUUUGAGAAUAUUGAGGCCAUAGUGAAGACGGCCAGCAGAACCAAGUUCUUUAUCGAGUUCUACUCUACCUGCCUGGAGGAGUUCAAGAAGAGUUAUGAGAAUGACAGUCAGAGCAGUGACAACGUCAACUUCCUGCGUGUGGGCUGGUCCAAUAAGCAGCUGACCACGCUGAAGCCCCUCCUCUCUGAGAUAGAAUAUCUACAGGACCAACACCUGCUGCUCACCGUCAAGUCACUGGAUGGAUACGAGUCUUAUGGAGAGUGUGUGGUGGCCCUGAAGUCGAUGAUAGGCAGUACGGCACAGCAGUUCCAUACUUACCUGUCCCACAGAGGGGAGGAGACGGGCAACAUCAGAGGUUCUAUGAGGGUCCGCGUGCCAGCAGAGAGGAUGGGCACCAGGGAGAGGCUCUAUGAGUGGAUCAGUGUGGAUAAAGAUGAGACAGGACCCAAAGGCAGAUCCACCCUGCCCCCCCGAUCAGGACACGACUACGUCAAGCCGUCUUUGACACAAAAACAUGUGGGGGCGGUGCUUGGGAAGGUGAGCGAGGAGGGAGAGAGGAGUACCAAAGAGGAGGUGACUGCAGCCAGGGCUAAGCAGGACUCUGCAGAGGGAGACCCCUCCACCUGUAAAAACAACAGCUACAAUAACCCCGCCUACUACAUCCUGGAAGGCGUUCCUAACCAAUCAGCUGCCACCCUGUCCUCGGAGCUCCUCCCCUCCCCCUGCUCCCCCCCAGCCGGUAAAGCACCCCUGUCUGGAGAGGGCAGGGGGAGGCACUCCUCAGGGUCCUCCCACCCCCGCAGGCACACGGCUGGACACCCUGUCCGGCCCAUCAGUGAGGAGGGGUCCUCGGAGGAUGAUGGGAUUGCAGUGGUGGGGGUGGUGUCAGGUGGAGGAGCGGGAGGCACACUGAACCGUCCUCCUCCUGACUUCCCCCCUCCCCCCCUCCCGAAAGGAGCACUGGAGAUGGCCAACACCCCCUUCUCUAAACCCCGCCCCCUGUACCCCGACCUGGCCGAGGUGAAGAUCCCCGCAGCCAAUCCCAGUCCUGCCUUCGUCCUGGGGGAGGACUUUAGGAGGGGAGGCCCCGAGGGGCUGGAUGACCAAUCAUGUUCGGUGCUGCAGAUGGCGAAGACACUGAGUGAGAGCGAGUACCCCCCUCCUCCCCGUGCCCCCUCUGCACCCCCCCACCUCAGAGGCCAGGGGUUGGGGGACGCCUGUCGCACCUUCCCUCCCCGAGCCCCCAUCACUGAGAGCAUCGCUGAAGACCUACCAGAAGAAGCGCUGUGGGGAAGCAGUAGCUCGUCUCUCUCCGUGGGGGAGUCGUCUGUGGGCGAGUGGCUACAGAGACUAGGGCUGGACCGCUAUGAGGAAGGUCUGCUACACAACGGCUGGGACGACCUGGAAUUCCUCAGUGACAUCACAGAGGAGGACCUAGAGGAGGCAGGCAUUCUAGACCCCGCCCACAAGAGGAUUCUGCUGGAGAGCCUGAGACAGCAGAAGCAGCAGAAGUGAGCUGAACCGGUCCAUGCUGAGCUGAGAUGUGCUAAUCCAUGCCAGACUGUGCCUUCUGAGAGAAAUUGCACUCCUUUAUACUUUCUGUUGACCAACAGAUUUUUCGAACGUCCUUUUUUAGAUGUAUUGUACUGUGUAAGUGUCUUUAUGUUAAUGUAACUGUGGCUGUUGUGUUAGCCAGCCUUAUUUAAACUGUAGAAACAUUUCAGUCCUUUGGACCUCUACCCUGCCACCUGCAUAACAGACCCCUUUCCUCUCACCCCGCCCCUUUCCUCUCACCCCGCCCCUUUCCUCUCACCCCGCCCCUUUCCUCUCGCCCCGCCCCGUUCCUCUCGCCCCGUUCCUCUCGUUUUUAUUCCGCUCAUGAAUAUGAUUAUUAAUGACUAUCUGUUCAUUGGUUCAGUGUUUUAUUUUUAUUUUUUUGUGUGUUUUAUGUUUUUGAGAUAAAGGGAAUGUAGCGAACCACACCAACACUGAGACCUUCCUCUGUCAGUUUAACUGAACCUUUUUUUGUUGAGCCGUGCUGGGCUCCAAGGCCCCUUUCAGUAGCACAGACUGCAGUACCCAUCAUGCAGUUGUCCAUGUGCUAAUUAGUGUUUAAUUGAUGCUGAGCCAGCCUGAACACAGUGGGUCCCCAGGAUCCUUACUGAGAAACACUGCCACACAUCACACGCUGCUGGUUGUUCUUUUCACCACAUGGUGGUGCUGUUGUCCUGGCAAACUCAGUAGGACCACAGGUAAGAAACUGAAGACACACCAAGUGAUAUAAAGGACUGUUUUUAACAUUAUACAUUAACAUUCAUGAAGGUGUUUUAUAUAAAUGUAUAUGUUGACGUUAUUUGACUGUUGUAAAAAAAAAUGACUGUGUUGCACAAUGAGAGGAAACAGGAGAAAUGUGAGUGAAUGUCGUGUUAAUCUGAUGUUAUCACCUUGAGCCCUAUAGCAUAGUGGCCCCUCCCAUCCCGUCUCCUAUACCCCCCCUCUCUCAUUCCUUCUCCUAUACCUUCUCCUAUACCCCCCUCUCUCAUUCCUUCUUCUAUACCUCCCCUCUCUCAUUCCUUCUCCUAUACCCCCCCUCUCCCAUCCUCUCUCCUAUACCCCCCCUCUCUCAUUCCUUCUCCUAUACCCCCCCUCUCCCAUCCUCUCUCCUAUACCCCCCCUCUCUCAUUCCUUCUCCUAUACCCCCCCUCUCUCAUUCCUUCUCCUAUACCCCCCCCCUCUCUCAUUCCUUCUCCUAUACCCCCCCUCUCAUUCCUUCUCCUAUACCCCCCCCCUCUCAUUCCUUCUCCCGUACCCCCCCUCUCUCAUUCCUUCUCCUAUACCCCCCCUCUCAUUCCUUCUCCUAUAUCCCCCCUCUCUUUCCUUCUCCUAUACCCCCCUCUCUCAUUCCUUCUCCCAUGCCCCCCUUCUCUCAUUCCUUCUCCUAUAUCCCCCCUCUCUCAUUCCUUCUCCCAUUCCCCCCCUCUCUCAUUCCUUCUCCCAUGCCCCCCUUCUCUCAUUCCUUCUCCUAUACCCCCCCUCUCUCAUUCCUUCUCCUAUACCCCCCUCUCUCAUUCCUUCUCCUAUACCCCCCCUCUCUCAUUCCUUCUCCUAUACCCCCCCUCUCUCAUCCCUUCUCCUAAGCCCCCCCCUCUCCCAUUCCUUCUCCCGUAUCCCAGUGCCUUCUAUACCCCCCCCCCCAGUGACUUUGAUGCCAAGUUAAAUUCUUUCCUUAUGAGAGUGUUGAUUCGUCCACUCCUCCCUAGUCAAGCUCUACCCAGCCCUGCCAACUCCACCUCGCCAUAACACUGUUCUCCUGCUGUUCUCUGUAGGUUAUUUCCUGUCGAGAUUGUCUGUUUCGAGCUCCAGUCUAGUCUUUCUCUGGUUGUAACAGUGUAACCAUUGAUCUCUUGUUAUCGUUGUUUUUUUUUUCAGCAAAUAAAAAGCUAAUAUUUAACCCGCCAA